AUUUUUCUUAAAUAGGUUAAAGUCAUAGAGAUUUUUUUAUUUAUUUUUGUUUUUAUUUAUUUAUUUAUUUAUUUUGGGAGGGAGAGAAGAGCAUUUCGCCCUGGAGCGGUGCGCAAUGCUCUCUCAUGCCGACCUCCUGGAUGCUCGCCUCGGUGAGUUAUCAUCACCAAACUCCGGUCUCCAACUCUACUGGAUGAAGGAUGCCGCCGCAGAGCUUCUGGGCCACAGGGAGGCUUUAAAGUGUAGGCUGGGCGGUGGUGGACCGGACCAGGGACACUCCGGGGAGCUGGGCCCGGGUCCGGACGGUGUGGAAGGAGCCACCAUGCUCCCCGGUGAGGACAUCAGCGGCGGCGGCGGCGCGGGAUCCAACCCGGUGCAGCAGGUGAACAACAAGGAGCAGGAGAAGCAGCAGCAGAACAACAACAGCAACAACAACCAGAACCAGAACCAGAACCAGUCCGGAGCGCAGCAGAGCCAGAAGCAGAAGCGGCACCGGACCCGCUUCACCCCGGCGCAGCUCAACGAGCUGGAGAGGAGCUUCGCCAAGACGCACUACCCAGAUAUCUUCAUGCGCGAGGAGCUGGCUCUGAGGAUCGGCCUGACGGAGUCCAGGGUGCAGGUCUGGUUCCAGAACCGACGCGCCAAGUGGAAGAAGCGCAAGAAGACCACCAACGUGUUCCGGGCUCCGGGGACCCUCCUGCCGACGCACCACGGCCUGCCGCAGUUUCCGUCCGCCGCCGCCGCGGCCGCCGCCAUGGGCGACAGCCUGUGCUCCUUCCACGCCAACGACACGCGCUGGGCCACGGCGGCCAUGCCCGGGGUGUCCCAGCUGCAGCUGCCGCCGGCCCUGGGCCGCCAGCAGGCCAUGGCCCAGUCCCUGUCCCAGUGCAGCCUGGGCGCGGGCCCGCCGCCCAGCUCCAUGGCCCUGUCCAACAUGUCGUCGAACGGCUCCGGGCUGCAGUCGCACCUCUACCAGCCCACCUUCCCCGGGAUGGUGCCCGCCUCCCUGUCCGGUCCGACCAACGUGACCGGCUCUCCGCAGCUCUGCAGCUCCCCGGACAGUGACGUCUGGAGAGGGACGAGCAUCGCGUCCCUGCGCCGCAAAGCGCUGGAGCACACAGUGUCCAUGAGCUUCACUUAGUGCCGAGCUCCUGUCCGCGUGCAGCCCGACCCGACCCGACCCGAACCCAACCGAACCGACCCGAACCGACCUGGAUCCUUCAGGGACGCUGCUGGGCUGCUGCCGUUUACAGAUCCACCUCUGUCGCAUGAAGAGUUUGUCUCUUUAUUUGUCUGUUUAUAUUAACUUCUUACUUUGUAUUUA